CCUGGUGUCGUGACUCUGUCCUCUCCACUGGCAGGAAGAGAUGUCAGGAGAAAGUGUGGUGAGCUCAGCGGUGCCCGCAGCUGCUACCCGCACCACUGCCUUCAAGGGCACGAGCCCUAGUUCCAAGUACGUGAAGCUGAACGUGGGUGGGGCCCUGUACUACACCACCAUGCAGACACUGACCAAACAGGACACCAUGCUGAAGGCCAUGUUCAGUGGGCGCAUGGAGGUGCUCACCGACAGUGAAGGCUGGAUCCUCAUUGACCGGUGUGGGAAGCACUUCGGUACAAUACUGAACUACCUUCGUGAUGGGGCAGUCCCCCUGCCCGAGAGCCGCCGGGAGAUCGAGGAGCUGCUGGCAGAAGCCAAAUAUUACCUGGUGCAAGGCCUGGUGGAAGAGUGCCAGGCAGCCUUACAAAACAAAGACACAUACGAGCCUUUCUGCAAAGUGCCUGUCAUCACCUCCUCCAAGGAAGAACAAAAACUUAUCGCAACUUCAAAUAAGCCAGCUGUGAAGCUGCUCUACAACAGAAGUAAUAACAAAUACUCAUAUACCAGUAAUUCUGACGACAACAUGUUGAAAAACAUUGAACUCUUUGAUAAGCUAUCUCUGCGCUUUAACGGGAGGGUCCUGUUCAUAAAGGAUGUCAUUGGGGAUGAAAUCUGCUGCUGGUCAUUUUACGGGCAGGGCCGCAAGAUUUCGGAAGUCUGUUGUACCUCCAUUGUCUAUGCCACUGAGAAGAAGCAGACUAAGGUGGAGUUCCCUGAAGCCCGAAUUUAUGAGGAGACCCUGAAUAUUUUGCUGUAUGAGGCCCAGGAUGGCCGGGGACCUGACAAUGCACUCCUUGAGGCCACUGGGGGUGCUGCCGGGCGCUCCCACCAUUUGGACGAGGAUGAGGAGCGGGAGCGGGAACGGAUUGAGCGUGUGCGGCGGAUCCACAUCAAGCGCCCAGACGACCGAGCUCACCUCCAUCAGUGAGCAGGC